AUGGUCGAUUUUACAAAGAUUAUAAGACCUAAUAUCUUAUCAUUGGAACCUUAUAGAUGUGCCAGAGAUGACUACAAGGAAGGAAUUUUAUUGGAUGCCAAUGAAAAUACUCAUGGUCCAGCAUUAACUGAACUUUCAUUGGAUGAAAAGAAUCUAGAAUUACAUAGAUAUCCUGAUCCUCAUCAACCAGAAUUGAAACAAAACAUUAUCGACUUUAGAAAUGCCAAACCAAACGUCCAUUUAACAGGUGAAGGGUUAAAGAUUUCUAAUCUUUGUCUUGGAGUUGGUUCCGAUGAAAGCAUUGAUAUGUUAUUGAGAUGUGUUUGUCAACCAGGUAAAGAUAAAUUAUUGGUAUGUCCUCCAACUUACGGGAUGUAUUCAGUUUGUGCUACUAUGAAUGAUGUUGAAUUAGUUAAUGUUCCAUUGACUUAUCCUGAUUUCCAAGCCGAUAAUGAUGGGAUUGUUAAGGCUGUUGAAGCUGACAGUAACAUCAAAUUGAUUUAUUUAACAUCCCCAGGUAACCCGACAGCCAAAUUGCUUGAUGUGGAUAAAAUUAUAGACCUUUUGAAAAGAUUGAGUAAUAACAAUGUUUUAGUAAUUGUUGAUGAAGCAUAUAUUGAUUUCACCGAAAUCAAAGGUGAACACAGUCAAUCAAUGUCCACAUUAGUCAAUCAAUAUGAGAACUUAGUGGUGUUACAAACAUUAUCCAAGUCAUUUGGAUUAGCAGGUAUUAGAUUGGGUAUUACUUUCGCUUGUGAUGGAUUAUCACGUUACUUGAACCUGAUGAAAUAUCCAUAUAAUAUUUCAUCUUUAACUUCAGCAGUUGCCUUAAGAGCCACAUCAUCUGGAUUGGAAUCUAUGCAAUCUGCUGUGACUUCAAUCAAUAAUCAAAGAGUGAAACUUAUUGAAGAAUUAUCUAAAAUUGAAGGUAUAGGUAAAAAUAUUGGUGGUUUGGAUUCUAAUUUCAUUUUAAUGGAAAUCUUAGAUAAAGAUAACAAACCAUCCAACGAGGUGGCCUUCAAACUUUAUCAACAAUUAGCUAUUGACGAAAAAGUCGUUGUUAGGUUCAGAGGUAAAGAAUUAAAUUGUACUGGUGCUUUGAGAAUCGCUAUUGGUACCAAAGAAGAAAAUGAAGUUUUGAUCGAAAGAUUUAGAGCUGUAUUAAAAGGUUACCGUUCAUAG